AUGCUUAUCUCCACAGCUUUGCCAACACCUAUACUGGUCAUGGAGCCCCAGAGUCCUGUGUUCAUUGGAGAGAACGCCACUCUGAAGUGUGAGAUUAAUAACCCACAUAGAUGGAGUUAUAGAUGGUAUAAAGGCAACAGUUCUAACCCAAUACCUACAUUGAUAAGCAACAUAACCACCAUCAAAGUGGCUACAUCUGAUGAGGGUCUGUACCGGUGCCAGGGACAGAGGACAGACAGAAACACAUCAUCACACAUGAGUAAUGAAGUCAAUAUUCACAUGAAGGCCCUGCCUACACCUAGACUAACAAUAGAUGCCCCAAGUCCUGUGUUUCCUGGAGAAAAAGUCACUUUUAACUACUGUACCCUAACGGUAGACCCCCAGAGUCACAUGUUCACUGGAGAGAAUGUCAGAGAGUGUGAGAUAGAUUCACUCGGAGGAUGGAUAUAUGUGACAUGUACUGUAGAUCAAACACUACUCUUCUUCAGUACUGUCAUGCCUAUCUCCACAGCUUUGCCAACACCUAUACUGGUCAUGGAGCCCCAGAGUCCUGUGUUCAUUGGAGAGAACGUCACUCUGAAGUGUGAGAUUAAUAACCCACAUAGAUGGAGUUAUAGAUGGUAUAAAGGCAACAGUUCUAACCCAAUACCUACAUUGAUAAGCAACAUAACCACCAUCAAAGUGGCUACAUCUGAUGAGGGUCUGUACCGGUGCCAGGGACAGAGGACAGACAGAAACACAUCAUCACACAUGAGUAAUGAAGUCAAUAUUCACAUGAAGGCUCUGCCAAAACCUAUACUGGUCAUGGAGCCCCAGAGUCCUGUGUUCAUUGGAGAGAACGUCACUCUGAAGUGUAAGUUUAAGAACCCACGUAAAUUGAGUUAUAAAUGGUAUAAAGGCAACAGUUCUGACCUAAUCCCUACAUUGAUAAGCAACAUAACCACCAUCAAAGUGGCUACAUCUGAUGAGGGUCUGUACCGGUGCCAGGGACAGAGGACAGACAGAAACACAUCAUCACACAUGAGUAAUGAAGUCAAUAUUCACGUGAAGGCCCUGCCUACACCUAAAAUAACAAUAGAUGCCCCAAGUCCUGUGUUUCCUGGAGAAAAAGUCACUUUUAAGUGUGAGGUUAAGUCCUCAAAUGAAUGGAAAUAUAAAUGGUUUAAAAAUCACAACCUUGAACCCGUCGCUACAUCUAACACCAGCACAACCUUUAAACACGUUGUUGAGACCGAUGCUGGUACUUACUGGUGUCAGGGAGAGAGGAGAGACAGGCCCACAUCAUCACGAGCCAGUAAAGAAGCUCAUCUUCAUAUGAUGCCUCUACCUAAAGCUAACCUAACAACAGAGCCACAGAGUCCCUUGUCCAAUGGGGGGAUAGUCACUCUGAAGUGUGUGAUAGAGUCUCACAAUAACUGGACAUAUAAGUGGUACAAGGACAACGAGGAGAAUGUUGUGAUUGAGGGGAACAACUUCACCAUCACCAGAGCUACUGACUCUGAUGAGGGCACAUACUGGUGUCGGGGAGUGAGAGGAGAGAGACCCACAUCAUCACAGCUCAGUAACUCAGUUCAUGUUGCUAAGAAGGAUUCUGGGUCCAGUCUAUUUAUAAUGUGUGUGGCUUUGGCUGGAGGUGUGGCCGGUGGAGUGGUUCUCACUAUCAUCUUUUCAAAGGUUCUACCAUGUUGCCGCCUAAGACAGACAGGUGCUGUGUCCAACACGUCCAGUGCAGGGCCGUAA